AUGAGUACCCAGGAAAAGCAAGCAACCCGUGAUUCGAAAUCAGGAGAUCUAUCUCCAAUUCCUGAUUCGGAUGUCGAAGUUGGAAGCGUCGGCGCUGUCGAUGAAACGCCCGACGGCGAUGAGGCACUUCGCUUCCUCAAAAACCAGCAUGCUGUUGGAGAAAUGACAGCAGAGGAAGAGCGAUCACUCGUGAGGAAGAUUGACUGGAUGAUCAUGCCAUUGAUGUGGGCAUGUUAUUGUUUACAAUACCUUGACAAGACUUUGGCAAAGUACCUCGGUACCUGUGUCAGUCUGUGGGGAUUCAUCACUGCGAUAACCUGUGUCUGCAAGAACUACGGUGCUCUCGUAGCGACCCGUAUCCUCUUGGGUUGCUUCGAAUCAGCUGUCGCGCCGAGCUUGAUCCUGAUCACAUCUAUGUGGUACAAGAAGAACGAGCAGCCACUGAGGACCGGCAUCUGGUAUGUCGGGGUUGGAACUGGAACUAUGAUCGGCUCUUUGAUCUCCUUCGGCUUCCAGCACUACUAUAGCCCGACCUUCACUAGCUGGCAGAUCAUGUUCCUGGUAGUCGGUCUAAUCACAGUGGGUGUUGGUAUCACUGGCAAGUGGAUCGAAAACAAGCGAUUCAAGUGGUAUCAGGUUGUCGAAUGUCUAAGCGACCCACAAACUUGGAUGCUGUCUCUCAUUACCAUCUCGUCCAAUGUACCGAACGGAGCCGUCAGCUCCUUCCAAUCCACGCUCAUCCAAUCGUUCGGCUUCGACUCGAAGACCACCGCGCUGCUUCAACUUCCUUCUGGCGUUGUAAGCAUCAUUUCGAUCAUCGCAGCUACUUAUCUAGCUGGACGCUUCAACCAACGCGGACUCAACAUUUGCACUCUCUUGGUCCCCGGUAUCAUUGGUGGCGCACUAAUGGCUUUCCUACCUGGGCAUAACAAGAUUGCCAAAUUAAUCGGCAACUAUCUCACCAACUGCAUCGGAUCCAGUCUUCCGUUACUGUAUUCUUGGGUUGCGGCAAAUGUUGCAGGCCAUACCAAGAAAGUUACGAUGAACGCGAUCUUGCUCAUGUCCUUCUGCCUCGGUAAUAUCGUCGGACCAUUGACGUUCCGUCAAGCUGAUCAGCCCGAUUUUAUCCCUGCGAAGAUCACCAUCAUUGUUACAUGUGCUUUUGCAGGAUUUCUGACUAUGGCACUGCGCGGGUACUAUGUCUGGGAAAAUAAGAGGAGAGAUCGAUUGACAGAUGGAACACACGUGGCAAACGAGGAGUUCUUGGACAUGACAGACAAAGAGAACAAAAACUUUAGAUACAAGUUGUAG